AUGUCUGAUGAGGAAGAUUCUUCACCUGAUAGGGCGCUGGUCCCAACCAACAAUGUGCCAGUUCUGGGCAUCAAGCGUCUCAAGCAGAUCGAGACGAUGUUCGCGUCGCGUCGGCUCCAGGGCCCGCGCGCUGGCGGCUUCAGCGUGGAGACACUCCUCGACAUGCUGCUCGUCCUCUACGAGGAGUGCGUCAACAGCAGCCUGCGCAGGGAGAAGGCAGUCGCGGACUUCAUACAGUACGUGAAGCCAGUGGCCACCGCGCUGAAGAGGCUGAGGCUGUCCAGGGACGACUUCGAGCUGGUGAAGGUGAUUGGCCGCGGCGCUUUCGGCGAGGUGUGCGUCGUCCGUGCAUCUUUCAUGCAGGGCACCGAGGGCGGCGGCAACAUGGCGGCGUCGGCCGGCGGCACCGUCUCCACCACCACCGGCGAGAGGGUCUACGCGAUGAAGAUCCUCAACAAGUGGGAGAUGCUCAAGAGGGCUGAAACGGCGUGCUUCCAGGAGGAGAGGGACGUUCUAGUGUUCGGAGACAGAAGGUGGAUAACGAACUUGCACUACGCCUUCCAGGAUGAACACAAUUUGUACCUGGUGAUGGACUACUACUGCGGCGGCGACCUGCUCACGCUGCUCUCCAAGUUCGAGGACCGGCUGCCCGAGGACAUGGCGCGCUUCUACAUCGCCGAGAUGGUGCUCGCCGUGCAGAGCGUACACGAGCUGCGCUACGUACACAGAGACAUAAAGCCGGACAAUGUUCUGUUAGACGCUAGUGGUCACAUAAGGCUGGCGGAUUUUGGCUCUUGCUUGAGGCUUGGGGAUGAUGGAAAAGUACAAAGCAAUGUUGCUGUGGGGACUCCGGAUUACAUAUCUCCAGAAAUUUUGAGGGCAAUGGAAGAUGGGCAGGGGCGGUACGGGCCGGAGUGUGAUUGGUGGUCUUUAGGCGUGUGUAUGUACGAGAUGCUGUUUGGUGAGACGCCCUUCUACGCAGAGUCCCUGGUUGAGACCUACGGCAAGAUCAUGAACCACGCGCGCUGCUUCCACUGCCCACCGCCAGAUGACGCUGCCGCUCAGGUGUCUGAAGAAGCCAAAGAUUUGAUAAGGCGGUUAAUUUGCUCAUCGGAGAACAGGCUGGGCAAGAAUGGGUUGCAAGACUUCAAGAGCCACCCAUGGUUCAGCGGGUUGGAGUGGGAGAGCGUGCGCGAGAUGCAGGCGCCGUUCGUCCCCGACGUGGCCAGCCCCACCGACACCUCCAACUUCGACGUGGACGACACCGACAUCAGGCGAGUGCAGCCCCCAUAUGCCCGGCUGUCGGAGGCGGUGCCGCCGCCGCCGCCGUCGGCCGCGUUCUCGGGCCGCCACCUGCCCUUCGUGGGCUUCACGUUCACGGCCGGCUCGCGCCUCUCCGACCUCGGCGCGCCCGCCCCGCUCAGCCCCGCCAAGAACGCGCCCAGCCAGCAGGCGCCGUCGAACGCGGGCGACAGGGCGGCGCUGAAGGCGCUGGAGCGGGAGAACGCCCUGCUGGCGCAGACCAUCGCCGAGCUGAGGGCGGGCGCCGGGCUCGAAUCCGGACCCGAUGAGUUGAUUCAACUGAAGGAGGAGUUGUCAACUCUAUCAAAGCGGAAUUGCGAAUUGGAGGCUCAGAUUCGAUGCUAUGAGCAAAUCAGCGGUAGUGCUACCUCUCAGGACUCUUCGACCACCACGCAAGAUGUACCUACGAGGCUCCGUGAGCUGGAGACUCUUGUUGCCACCUUGAACAUGGAAAAAGAGGAACUGGCGAAAGACAAAGCCGACGCCUUGGAAAAGUUAAGGUUGCAGGAUAAGGAGCUAAAAGACACUCUGUCGCAGUGCAAGCUGGCGAUGGCUGAGUAUAAUGAAGUGUCCGAGAGGCUCUCAGAGCUGAGGCAGCAGAAACAGAAGCUUUCGCGACAGGUUCGCGACAAGGAGGAGGAGCUGGAGGUGGCCAUGCAGAAGAUCGACGCUCUGCGCCAGGACAUCAGGCGCAGCGACAAGGGCCGGCGCGAGCUGGAAGCGCGCCUCGACACCGCCAUCGCCGAAGCCACCAAGGAGAGGAAGCUGCGGGAGGAGACGCUGCGCAGCCAACGGGCAGAGGGGGGCGCGGUGGCGGGGGCGGGGGGGCCCGCGGCAGAUGUGGCCAGGCUGCAGGCGGACGUCGAGGCGCUGGAGCUCCAGUACAAGGAGUCGUUGGCGCAGCAGCAGGCGCGCUACGGAGCCGAGCUGGCCGCGCUCAGGGACCAGUUGCAGGAGGGUGACGCGCUGCGCAACGUGCUCACCAGAGAGCUGCAAACGUCCAAAGAGAAACUCGAAAACCGUCGCCUCGAGCAGCUUUCUGACAGCGAGGACAAACAGAUGCUCAUCAACGAAAACAGGAAGUUGGCGAAAGAUUUGGAUGCUAUGGCGGAGAAUGGCCGAAGGUGGCAAACCGAAAGGAGACAGCUGGAGAUGGAGCUGGAGGAGUUGAGGGCAAAACGGGACACAAUGCAACAUUGGGAGACACAGAUUGCAGACAUCAUAAGGUGGGUGGCAGACGAAAAGGAGGCGCGCGGAUAUCUUCAAGCCCUUGCCACCAAAAUGACAGAAGAGUUGGAUUACUUGAAGCAUGCGAGCGCGGCGCGCGUUUCUGGCGCCGCUGCGCCCGCGUCGCCGCCGGGCGUGGGCGCCGGCGGGGGCGGCGGCGGUGGGGGCGGGGCGGGCGGCGGCUGGCGCAACCGCCGCUCGCAGAAGCUGGACAAGAUGGAGAUCCUCACGCUGCAGUCGUCGCUGCACUCGGAGAUCCAGGCCAAGCAGGCGGUCGGCGAGGAGCUGAGCCGCACGCGCGCCGAGCUGCUCGCCAGCCAGAGAGAGCUGCUGGAGACCAGGCAGCGGCUGGACACCCUGGCGCACGACAUGAAGCGCAAGGAGCAGCACAUCAGGGACAUGCAGGCCAAGCUGGACGCUCCCCUGCAGCCGGGCAACUCCUCGAGGCAAGGAUCCGCCAAAUCAUCGACGUAUUGGAGCGGCAAAGAAGAGAACGUUUUGGAUCGGCCACCGUCACAGAUGAGUUACUUGGAUCAAUUUUUGAAAGACGCCCCGACGGAGAGACACUACGACAAUGUCGCCUCUAUGAACAACGAGCAGAAGAUUUCGCCGCAGUACAGUUACAGAAAUGCUCGGCAUUGUUGCAAUGCAAAGCUGAUGUACGGCUCGCAGCAGUCGACCGCCCUCAGCGGCUCGGCGGAGUCGCCGGACGAGCUGGAGCAGAGGGCGGCGUCUCCCGCCUCCACCAAGAGCUCGCCCAGCGAGAUGUCCACGGACCCGUCAGUGGGGCCGGGCGGCAAGCAGAAGAUCCACCAGUUCCUCGUGCGCACCUUCAGCAGCCCCACCAAGUGCAAUCACUGCACUUCCCUGAUGAUCGGGCUGACGCGGCAGGGCGUGGUGUGCGAGACGUGCGGGCUGGCGGUGCACACGCGGUGCUGCUCGCGCGUGGCGCCGCGCUGCCCGCUGCCGCCCGAGCGCAGCCGCCGCCCGCUCGGCAUCGACCCGGCGCGCGGCCAGGGCACCGCCUACGAGGGCUACGUCAAGGUGCCGAAACCGGGCGGCGUGAAGAAGGGUUGGAUGCGACAAUUCGUCGUCGUCUGCGACUUCAAGCUGUUCCUGUAUGACAUCUCCCAGGAUAGGAACGCGCUGCCGUCGGUGUGCGUGAGCCAGGUGCUGGACAUGCGGGACCCCGACUUCAGCGUCACCUCCGUCAAGGAGUCGGACGUCAUCCACGCCAGCAAGCGGGACAUCCCCUGCAUAUUCAGGAUAUCGACGUCGCAGCUGGAGGGAGGUAAGCGAUACCACACCCUGAUGCUCGCCGAGUCGGAAUCGGAGAAGACCAAGUGGGUGGUGGCGCUGAGCGAGCUGCACAGGAUACUGAAGAGGAACAACCUGCCCGACAAAUGUGUGUACUCUGCGUGCGUGGUGGGCGAGGCGAGCGCGGCGGUGCUGCGCGGCUGCGGCAGCGCGUGCGUGCUGGAGCGGUCGCGGCUGUGCGUGGGCGGCGAGCUGGGCCUGGCGCUGCUGGACCUGGAGCGCCACGAGCUGGUGCCGCGCAGGGCGCACGCGCCUGUGCACAAGAUGCGCUACGUGCCGCACGAGCAGCUGCUCGUGGUGAUCGCGGGGCGCGGGCGGCACGUGCGGCUGGUGCCGAUCCGCGCGCUCGAGUGCGCCGAGGUGGAGAGCGUCAAGCUGGCCGAGGCCAAGGGCGCCGUCGACGUGGCCGUCGGCGAGCUGCACGCCGCCGCCUACGGCUUCGCGGUGGUCUGCAAGCGGCAGAACGCGUGGGUGGUGUACGUGUACGAGAUCACGCGCACGGCGGCGCGGCGGCUGCGCGUGGCGGAGCUGCGCGCGCCGGGCGCGGUGCUCUCGCUGCAGCUGAGCCGCGGCCGGCUGCUGCUCGGCUACCGCGGCGGCUUCGCGGCGCACGCGCUGCCCGAGCCGCGGCGGGCCGUCGACCAGCCGGCGCUCUCCUCCUUCUCGAAGUCGGUCGAAGGAGCUCCACCCGACGCCCCACUUGCAGCGCUGGUGCACCCCGAGAAUCAGGUGAACAUGUUCCUGGCGCACUCCGGGGCGCGGCCGCUGUGCGCGCAGCCCGCCGGCGCCGACUGGCUGCUCGUGUUCAGCGCGCUCGCGCUCUACGUCGACCGCAACGGCAUGCGCGCGCGCGACGCCGAGAUCAUGUACACCGCGCAGCCGCUGCACCACGUUGACAUAGUCACGUAUGACACCGUCACAUCCAAAGUCACAUCUGGCAAAGUCACAUCUGGCAAAGUCACAUCUGGCAAAGUCACAUCUGGCAAAGUCACAUCUGGCAAAGUCACAUCUGGCAAAGUCACAUCUGGCAAAGUCACAUCUGGCAAAGUCACAUCUGGCAAAGUCACAUCUGGCAAAGUCACAUCUGGCAAAGUCACAUCUGGCAAAGUCACAUCUGGCAAAGUCACAUCUGGCAAAGUCACAUCUGGCAAAGUCACAUCUGGCAAAGUCACAUCUGGCAAAGUCACAUCUGGCAAAGUCACAUCUGGCAAAGUCACAUCUGGCAAAGUCACAUCUGACAAAGUCACAUCUGGCAAAGUCACAUCUGGCAAAGUCACAUCUGGCAAAGUCACAUCUGGCAAAGUCACAUCUGGCAAAGUCACAUCUGGCAAAGUCACAUCUGGCAAAGUCACAUCUGGCAAAGUCACAUCUGGCAAAGUCACAUCUGGCAAAGUCACAUCUGGCAAAGUCACAUCUGGCAAAGCGGGCCACAUCGUGUGCGUGGGCGGCGGCGGGAACAACGGAUUCCCCUUCUCCACCGACUCGGCCCCCUUCAUCGUCUACCUGCGCCCGCUGUUCGCACCGGAGGGCCCCCUGAACAUCGAAACGGCGACCACUUGGGGGACGAACAAGCGGAGGUUCUCCGUUCGCGAGCAGUCCCACCAGGCGAUAGAGGCGCACAACAGAUUGUCGGAGCGCCGGUCGCGGCUGAUCUCCGCGCCGAGCAACUUCGCGCACGUGUCGCACAUGGGCCCCGGCGACGGCAUCCGCUCGCAGCGGCUGCUCGACCUGCCCACCACGCUCGAGACGGCCGACGACCACCACCGCCGCCAGAUGUACGGCAGCCGGGAGAGCAGCAAACGGACCUCGCCGCUGACGAUAUCGCACGGCACCGGCUCGUACAACGGUUCCUGGAGGCGAAGGGACACAACCGAUGGCGCGGCCGAAACUAUGGCCCGGGGAAUGGACAGGUCGAUCGGAGGCGGAUCCCAGGGCAGCGGCUCGCUGCUUCUGGAACGUUCCAUCACCCCGCUGAGCCUGGGCAGCAUGAGCUCGCUGCACGACGUUCUCAAGGUGGGCACCGAUAUGGGCGAGGGCUUGCACUCCGAGGACAGCAGCUGCGGCGCCUCUCCGCCGCACCCCAUGGAUCCC